GCUAGGUUUCAAACACGGAAGUAAACCGGAAAGGCUGAGCUAUAACUUGGAUUUUUCGCGCCAACAGUGAAACACCAGCCGCAGCUUUGUGAGGAGUCUGUGGAAGUCGCCGUUUAUAACUUUUAACUCAUUUCAUCGUCUUUAACCGUUCCUCCAGGUCAGUAAACAUGGAUGAGGCCAACAAACUGAUCGGUACCGGUAAGAAACACCUGGUCAUGGGUAAAGCGGUGGAGGCGGUGAGCGUCCUGCAGCAGGCCUGCGGCAUGUUAGCCAAAACAUAUGGAGACACAGCCGAUGAGUGUGGUGAGGCCUUCUUCUGGUGCGGAAAAGCACUGCUUGAGUUAGCUCGAAUGGAAAACUCUGUGCUGGGUAAUGCUCUGGAGGGAGUUCCUGUGGAGGAGGAGGAGGAGGGGGAUGAGGACAAAACCAAAGACCCCAACAUUGAAGGCACUGAAAACAUGGACGAGAAAACGAGAGACGAGCUGAGGGUCCAAGUGUACAGCGCCAUGGCAGAGAAGGACAAAGAGGAAGGGAAGGCCGAGGAGCAGAAGGGCGAGGAUGCCGAGAAGAAGGGGGACGCAGAAAGGGCAGACGAUGGAGGUGAAGAACAGAAAACAGAAGAGAAUGGGGAGAAGGACAUAAAGCCACGAGCUGUUGAUGAGGAACAAAAAAAGGCCGAAGGAGAGGCGGAGGAAAAGAGUGAGAGUGAUGCUAAACCCGCUCAAAAUGACGAGCUAAAGGACAAAAAAGAGGAGGAUGCUGCGGACGAGACGGAGGAGGCAAUAGAUGGUGAGGAGGAAGUCGAUGGUGAAGAUGCCGAAAUGGAAGAUGAUGGAGAAGGAGAUGAAGCUGCUGAGAAGGAAAGUGGUGAAGAUGAGGAGGAGGAAGGGGAUGAAGUCGGGAAUCUGCAGUUGGCCUGGGAGAUGCUGGAGGUGGCUAAAGUCAUUUACAAAAGGAAAGAGUCAAAGGAAGAUCAGCUGAUGGCGGCUCAGGUUCAUCUCAAACUCGGCGAAGUUUCUGCUGAAUCAGGAAACUACGCCCAGGCCUUGGAGGACUUCCAGGAGUGUCUGAAACUGCAGCUGAAACACCUGGACUCUGACAGCCGCCUCCUGGCUGAGACCCACUACCAGCUGGGCCUGGCCCACAGUCUGAACAUUCAGUACAGCGAGGCGAUCGCCGAGCUCAACUGCUCCAUCUCCGUCAUAAAGAGCAGGCUGGAAAAACUGCAGGAGCUCAUAGACAAGGCAGAGGGGCCCGAGGCUCUGCCUGAGGAGAGGAAGGAGAUGGAGGAGCUGAAGACGCUGCUCCCAGAGAUCCAGGAGAAGGUGGAGGACGCCACCGAGGGACUCAAAAGUGCCAGAGCUUCUGAGGCAGUGAAGGGCAUCAUAGGUGAAAGUUUCACUUCCUCUGGAUUCUCCUCCGAGACGGCAGCACAGACUGAAACAUCUUCCGGCGUAAAGGUUAAUGGUGCCUCAACCAAUGGACACUCCGCAUCCACCAAUGGUCACACUCCUGCAGCUCCAGUCACUGAUAUCUCCCACCUGGUCAGGAAAAAGAGGAAGCCAGAUGAGAGUCCAGUGAAAGAACCUGUGGUCAAGAAGGUGAAGCAGGAUGAGGGGCAGGAGCUUCCUGCCGGCAAAGAAAACGGACACACAAACAAGAUGGAAGUGGAGAGUCAGUGAAGUCCGACUGGGCUGCGUCUACCCGAGACUCCUCUCUUCUAACCUGCCAAUCCAACUGCAUUGCUGUAAAUAAUGUAUUAAUCUGUUUUCAUGUCACCUGUAAAGUUAAAUAAUAAAAAGUUUGAUAGAA